UUUCUCUUUACUUCUUAUCAUGUUUCCACAAAAUAGAUUUUUCCCAUUAAAAUAUCUCGAAAAAUACAUCCUUCAAUUCAAUAUAACAAUAAUUUGUAAUUGAAAAUCAAAUAUUUUCAGUUGAAAAGAAUUUAUAGAAUAUGUGCACCGAAAGAUUAAAGACUGGUACAAACAAGCGAGGCAAUCUUAUUGCAACAACAAUGCUAUGCGAUAUAAUUUAAUAACUUCAUCAUACAUAUUUUUAAGGAUACAGUACACGCAUUCACACAAUUCUGUUAUUAAAUAUGUUGAAUGUCGCACUAUUCAAAUUAAUCCACGUGUACCAUCGAAGAUACAUUCCGUCAAUUGUUUUACAUGCGCUAGAAAUAUUGACGUCUGACAGCCGUUCAUGGCGGCAUGGAACGUGUUAAAACUAUAAAGCUGCCGAGUGCCGAAUCAUAGUGUCCCCACUGUAAAGUCGUAACAGCAUCAUGUAGUUCAUCCUCAUGAAACUUACAUAUAGCACUUGCAAAGUACAACGAUCGCUCGAGGUAAUCAAAAAUGAAGGAGAUUCGCGACAUAAAAUAGCUACGAUUGUCUUUGCUAGGCGUAAUUGCACUGUAAUAGUUACAACGGCGAUUUAAUGCAAUGUCGCAGAUUAUAUGGAUAUGGUGUUUGAUUGUGUCAGUGGCAGAUUUGACAUUGGCCCUUGAAAAUGGUCUGGUGAAAACACCGCCCAUGGGCUGGCUUGCCUGGGAACGAUUCAGGUGUAACACAGACUGCAAAAAUGAUCCAGAUAAUUGUAUCAGUGAUCGGCUCUUUCGUACAAUGGCAGACAUUGUUGUAGCAGAAGGCUAUGCAGAAGUUGGAUAUGAAUAUAUCAAUGUUGAUGAUUGCUGGCUGGAAAAAGAUAGAAGUGUUAAUGGUCAGCUGGUGCCAGAUAGGCAAAGAUUCCCGUAUGGUAUGAAAAAUCUUGCAAAUUAUAUUCAUUCAAAAGGUCUUAAGUUUGGAAUUUAUGAGGAUUUUGGUAACUACACGUGUGCUGGAUAUCCUGGAAUAUUGGGGUACUUAGAAACUGAUGCUCUUACUUUUGCAUCAUGGGAUGUUGAUUAUGUAAAAUUAGAUGGAUGUUAUUCACAUCCUUCAGAAAUGGAUAGAGGAUAUCCUGAAUUUGGAUUCUAUUUAAACCAAACUGGUCGGCCAAUGGUAUAUUCCUGCAGUUGGCCAGUUUAUCAAAUUUAUGCUGGCAUGCAGCCAAAUUUCACUGCUAUAACAGAACAUUGUAAUUUAUGGAGAAAUUUUGAUGAUAUACAAGAUUCGUGGAAUAGUUUAGAGACCAUAAUAGAUUAUUAUGGAAAUAAUCAAGAUGCAAUUGUACCAAAUGCUGGUCCUGGCCAUUGGAAUGAUCCUGAUAUGUUAAUUAUUGGAAAUUUUGGACUAAGUUAUGAGCAGAGCAAAACGCAAAUGGCGUUAUGGGCAAUAUUAGCGGCGCCUCUAUUAAUGUCCGUUGAUCUACGAACAAUUAGGCCCGAGUACAAAGCUAUUUUACAAAAUAGGAAAAUCAUUGCUGUAGAUCAAGACCCGUUAGGUAUACAGGGUCGACGAAUUUAUAAACACAAAGGUAUUGAAAUUUGGGCAAGACCUAUAACUCCCGUUUAUCAGAAUUACUACUCUUACGCCAUAGCGUUCGUAAACAGAAGAACGGAUGGUACGCCGUCUGAUGUGUCCGUUACAUUAAAAGAACUCGGAUUACAAUAUCCUGGAGGAUACAAUGUAGAGGAUCUAUAUGAAGAUGUGAAUUAUGGCAUUUUAACGCCGCAAACAAAAAUAAAAGUCAAAGUUAAUCCUUCUGGAGUUGUGAUAUUACGGUGCGAUUUACACUUAGAGGAUAUUUUCUCCACAAAUCAAUUUUCGCAAUUUACGCCAUCAAAUCAAUUGUUCAAGGUUAGACAGAACUCAUUUAAAUAAUACGAACUAAGCGUUAACGAAUUUAAUCUGUAAUUUACUUCUCUUUUUGUAAUAUUUGAUAAAAGAACGUUACCAUACUUUGUUAAGAAAGUAGGAAAUAAAGAAUUUUGUAAUCUGUAA